GAGGGAGGCCCAAUUGUCCAAAUGCCAAAUGCAAAUUUUCUUCCACUGUCCCACUCGCAUACAUACACCCUCCACUUCAAAAGCCCCUCUCCUCCAGCAGUUCCACCCACUAACUUUAUUUUUUCCAAGGAUUUUCUAAGUCAACUAUCUCAAACACUAUAAAUACCACAAACCCCUCUCACUACACUCUUCAAAGAGACAAAAAAGACAAACAAAGUGAAACUCACAAACUACUUACACCCUUUCUUUCUUCUCUAGCUUUUUUCUUAUUUUAUUUUUGUGUUCAUCAGUUUUUGUUUUGGUGUUGGUAAUAGCCAGCAGCUAAGUCAUAAUGGACAACGAGGAAGUCCCAUCUGCACCUUCAACCCCUGCAACACCUGCAACACCAGGUACUCCUGGUGCUCCUCUCUUUGGUGGAUUCAAGCAAGACAGAAAUGGAAAUGGAAGGAAAUUGUCCCUCCUCAAGAGCUGCAAAUGUUUCAGUGUUGAAGACUGGGCUUUGGAAGAAGGAACACUGCCCAAAGUCUCUCUCUCAUUGCCACACCCUCCUGUCUCACUUGCAAGAAAGGUGGGAGCUGAGUUCAUAGGCACUCUGAUACUCAUAUUUGCCGGGACAGCCACGGCCAUUGUGAACCAAAAGACACAAGGCUCCGAGACACUCCUUGGCCUCGCCGCCUCCACUGGUCUCGCAGUGAUGAUUGUCAUUCUGUCCACCGGUCACAUCUCCGGAGCCCAUCUCAACCCAUCUGUAACCAUAGCCUUUGCUGCGCUCAAGCACUUCCCAUGGAAACAUGUGCCAGUGUAUGUAGGAGCACAAGUACUGGCAUCGUUAUGUGCAGCAUUUGCACUGAAAGGUAUUUUCCAUCCCAUAAUGGGAGGGGGUGUGACAGUACCUUCAGGGAAUUGUGGUCAGGCUUUUGCUUUGGAGUUCAUCAUUAGCUUUAACUUAAUGUUUGUUGUCACUGCUGUGGCCACCGACACAAGAGCUGUGGGUGAGUUGGCGGGAAUUGCUGUUGGAGCUACUGUGAUGCUCAACAUACUGAUUGCCGGGGAAACAACGGGAGCUUCAAUGAACCCUGUAAGAACACUAGGACCAGCUAUAGCUGCAAACAACUUCAAAGCAAUAUGGGUCUACCUCACAGCUCCAAUUCUUGGAGCACUUUGUGGUGCAGGGACUUACACCGCCGUGAAGCUUCCAGAGGUGGGUGAUGAUAAUAUUGGUAAACCUUCAACACCAAGGAGCUUCAGAAGGUGAACAAUCAACUCCAUCAUCACGCUAAAAUGAAUAAUCAAAAAACAGCAUCAGAAGUUAAUGCAAGAAGACAACUGCAGGAAGAGUUCUGACACAGAUAUAAGGGUUCUGCGGGGUACAUACAAAUGUCCAAAGAAAAAAAAAAAAAAAAAAAAAAAAGGAAUGAGCAUCAGUAAAUAAUCUAGAAAAAGGUUUCUCAAGCCCCCAAAAGAGAAAGACAUGUCAAGAACUGAAGAUGAGAGUUCAUCUUUGUGUACAACUAUAUACUGGAACUGGAUCACAGUGGUAUUUAAAUAAAUGAAAGUGGGAGUGAGGCUUAUAUUGCUCUCAAGUAUAGUUAA